CACAAAUCCAUACCUAGUUCUGAGCGACUGAAAGUACUGCAAACUACGCCAUUGAGCUAUGUUGAAACAUCAAGGCCUGUCUUCAUUCACAUAGUUUAUAGCCAGAUUACUCGUGCACUCCAGUCUCCCAAACCGGCUCCGUUCAAUCCUCCAAAUGCUUCGCCAAUGCUGUCGCACUCGAGCUUUGGCUGCUCUGCAUCCGCGGACACCGCAGUCGCAACCCCUUAGUCGCGUCACCUCUCUCCUUUACAGGCAUGAAAGCAGCGCAUUAUUGUCAUCGAGUCGCCCGGUUCGCUCUCUGUCGACAACACAAGCGAAGAAAGAAGUCCAAGAUGGGUCUUGGCAUACUCAACUGUCGGGGGAAUUCAAGGAGUGCUUUGCUUUGCCUCAGAUGUCCCCCGUCGAAGCAUGGAGCAAACCAGGUAGCCAAAUUGUCGUCAGCGGACACAUCGGUCGAACGAGAAAGGUCGGCAAGAACCUUGCCUUUGCCCACUUGGAGCGCAAUGGGGAACGACUAGGCCAAAUCUGCGCCAAGGGCGAGAAUGCGGCUAUCCUGGCAAAGGUUCGCCCGUUCAGCGCGAUUCUGGCAAAGGGCGUUGUAACGGAGGCUUCGGGCGCCGCACGAUUCGAGAUGGAUAUGGAGUCAAUACAAUACCUCAACCCCUUUCCGAAGGACAUCAUUAUCGGCCCCGACUCGCUUUUUCCUCCCGAGCAUCGCCACUUGCAGUUGAGGUUCCACGAGGAUCUCAGAGAAAGGCUCCGCUUUCGCGCCCAGCUUAAGUCCACCAUGGGGCAGGCCAUGGUUGACAGGGACUUCAUGGACGUCGAGACGCCGAUCCUGUUCAAGUCCACUGCAGAAGGUGCACGAGAGUUCAUCGUACCCACGAGGCGCCCGAGACACGCUUAUGCUCUGCCGCAAAGUCCCCAACAGUACAAGCAGGUCCUGAUGGCCUCCGGCAUGGGGGGCUAUUAUCAGUUUGCUAGAUGCUUCCGCGACGAGGACCAUCGAUCUGACCGCCAGCCCGAGUUCACUCAGCUGGAUAUGGAAAAGUCAUUCGCGACAGGCAAAACUAUCAUGGAGGACGUCGAGUACGUCGUCGGUCGUGCCUGGGAUGCCGUGAGAGAACGAUACGUGAUGAAAAUGGGCGAGGACUCGUUCGCGCCGGUCAGAAAGGCAUCAUUGCAGGACUGGAAGCAAAGCGUCGAGGACAGCGCCAAGGACGACGCCAAAGGACCCAUCCACCAGGAAUACCCCACAAUCUCUACGCCCUUCCUGAGGAUGAAGUAUACCGACUGCAUGGACCUCUACGGAUCCGAUAAGCCAGACCUGCGCAUUCCAAACAGAAUAUGCCGGGUUGACGAGCACCUCAACGAGGGCUUCGUCAGCAUGAUCACUGACCUCAAGGCGCCGAUCGUCGAGGUCUGGAAAAUUAGCCCACACGAAGACGUCGACAAACGAGACGUUUGGAAGUUCGUGGCCGGCUUUAUGGAAAGUCUCCCCAAGAGCCUGUCUCAGAACCCCGACGGCGCUCCCACGGCCUUGAUGUUUGACAGCAGCAAGCCGCUCAACGGCUUCUCGGCCCUGGGGCCAGAAGGGCUAGACAGCAUUCUCGGCGCCCUUCCCGAAGACUCGGGCUUCUCAUCACUGGAAAACGGCGACAUCAUCUUGUUCCAGGCCCGCAAGAACCAACCCCAGCAGGGCGGCUCAACCAAACUCGGCGAGACGCGAAUCGCUCUAUACCACGCCGCCGUGGAAGCCGGCCUCCUGGACAGGGACGACAGCUUCAAGUUUCUCUGGGUCACUGACUUUCCCAUGUUCACGCCGGAAGAAGAGGGCGACGUCGGCCAAGGCGGGGCGUCGGGCUUCUCGGCAACGCACCACCCCUUCACGUCGCCGCACUCGGAAGAGGACUUUGAGCUCCUCUUCAAGGACCCACUGCGGGCCAGGGCCGACCACUAUGACCUCGUUCUCAACGGCGUGGAGCUCGGCGGCGGCAGCCGGCGUAUCCACAUUGCCGAGAUCCAGGAGUUCAUCUUCCGCGACAUCCUAAAGAUGAGCCAGGACAAGAUCAAGGAGUUCUCGCAUCUGCUCAAGGCGCUGCGCGCCGGAUGCCCGCCUCACGCUGGCUUCGCUAUCGGCUUCGAUCGCUUCGUGGCCGUCCUGAGCGGCGCGUCCUCUGUCAGGGACGUCAUUGCGUUCCCCAAGAACAACAACGGCGUCGACGAGUUCGCCGGGGGUCCGGGGAAGAUUUCAAAGCAGCAGCUCGACACAUAUCAUCUCCAAUUUCGCAAGAGCGGUUGAGGGGCCUACCCAGUCCCUUGACUGUACCAACACUGUCACACAUAUACAACCCAAUGUACAUUAUACGCAUGUAUUAUUUCGGCUACAUAAUUGUAGAUCGACAGACGAUGGAUGGAUGAGUAACGUUCUCGCCAUAAUUUCUUCAUCUCCGUUUGGAUUUUUGAUCCGUCAUGUGUGAUGUGAUAAGGGCAGCGUCAAAUUUUUUGAUUGUGAGUGGUGUUGGGAAAUAGAGCACAACGUCAUCACGGCGUACAACAGCAUUCUUACAGGUUAAAACAACAUCAAUUCCUUCCGAGCGGUUGGAUUCAUGAACGCUCCUAGUAACACAAGCAAAGAACCCCCGAAACUCAUUUCUCCCCAAUAUCCGCAUAUUCCUUAAGACCUCUUCCACUGGCCAGCGUCCUCGACGCCCUUGCCAACCUGGUUGAGGGCGCCGCCAAGGCCCUGGCCGAGAUUGGUGAGGCCAUCGCCGACGGGGCGGCCGGCAGAGCCAGUGGCGUUGGUAAUGGUGUCGCCGAGGCCGGUGGUCGCGGCGCCGGUAACGUUGCCGACGGUCUUGGUGACACCUCCGACGGUGUUACCGAGGGCCGAAGUGACGAACUUGGCGCCGCCGGUGACGCCGGAGUUCUGGUCGUUGUUACCGACAGGCAUGAUUGUGGUGUUUUGUGGUGAAGGGGUUUUGGUUUUCGUUGGUAGGUAAGAUUGAUUGGUGGUUCGUGUUUUUGCUUGAGGUUUACUCCUUGGUGAACUACUGCGUUUGCAAAGGGGGGUAUCUUGAGGUGUGGUGUGGAAAAGGAGCGUUUUAGUCGAUGGUGGCUGGUGCCUUCUUAUGGACGACGAGGAAGCAGACUGA